CCAGUUAACAAUGUCCCACUAAUCUACCAUCAAGAUCACUCGUGCAAACAUUUGUUAUGAACAGUGGACCGCAUACUAUAUCUCCCACAUGGUGGAGACCGAAUAUGAGAUCUACGAAUCAGUAAGAGACGACCCAGUUGAACCAAACUCUCAGAGAAGAUGUUUUGUGGAGUUCUCACGUUGACUAACUCUGUAUGUUCAUGUUCAACCUCCCUAUAUGAUUCUAAAAGACCCAUUAAGCUCCAAGCUCGUUCUUCCGCAACACCCAGAUUUCAGUGCUCAAAUUCUAGUCCGGACAUGCACCUAACAAGUGAGAAAUUCCAAAAUGAUGGCUCUAUGACUGGUGGUGCCUAUGAUUUUGAAAGAUCAACAAUAUCACUUACCAAUCGGUCAAUGUCGUCGGCUAAGAAGGUAACUCUUGUGAGGCAUGGUCUUAGCUCUUGGAAUGAAGAAAGUAGAGUUCAGGGAAGCUCAAACUUAUCAAUCCUAACAGAAACUGGAGUGAGACAAGCAGAGAGGUGCAGAAAAGCCUUGGCAAAUAUAUACUUUGAUCAAUGCUUUUCAAGUCCAAUAUCUCGUGCUAAGGUUCGACUAACACAAUUUAGUGUGCUGAUUUUUAGUACUUUACCAAUUUUAUCUCUCAAGUGUUUAAUGCAGUCCACUGCUGAAGUUAUAUGGCAAGGGAGGGAAGAACCACUUGUUUUCCUUGAUUCGCUAAAGGAAGCCCAUCUAUUUUUUCUUGAAGGCAUGAAAAAUGUGGAUGCUAAGGAGAGAUAUCCAAAGGAGUAUACCACAUGGAGAGAAGAUCCUGCUAAUUUCUAUGUGAAUGGUGUCUACCCUAUACGAAGAAUAUGGGCAACGGCAAGAGAGGCUUGGAGGGAAAUAUUACUCUCACCAGGGGAGAAUUUUUUGGUUGUCACUCACAAAUCAAUGUUGCGGGCACUGAUCUGUAUAGCUGUAGGGAUACCCCCAGAGAGGUUCCGGGCAAUAGAUAUGAAUAAUGGCGGAAUAUCUGUUUUUAACUUCAACAAAAGAGGAGAAGCAAUGCUUCAAUCUUUAAACAUGACAGCCCACAUGUACAGCGAUCACUUCUAUAUUUACUAAAACUUAUUGAUAUGGCACAUUCAUUGAUGAGAAAGCAGCCUACCUUACUGCCCAAUAUCUAAGGACAGAGAAUGCAAGCUGCAGAAUCAUACAACUGUAAAAUGAUUUAUGCCUGUAAGGGUUUCAGGUUUGAAGUUGAAAAACUUAUACUUGAAUUAGUUGAAUAUAUUUGCAAUGAACCCCCCUCUAUAACCCUUUCCCGUUAUCAAUUAAAAAAAAGAAAGAAUAUAUUUGCAAUGAUAUAACACUUGAAUUGCAUUGCUGGGGCUGUGCAUUUUCAUGGCAUGUUAUUCAGGAUGAAUAGGGUGAAAAAAUUUGUUUUUUGUU